AGGAUAAUAAAAGAGAAGCUUCUCCGAACCGUUGCAAUCGCUGUGGCGUAUGACUUAGUCUUAAAAUCUGGUUUCAUCCUGGUUUGUGCUGCUGUUUUUUCUUAGUUAUUUUAUUGAGAUUAUCUGGUAAUGUAAUCUCUUAUUUAUACUUUUUAAAAUUUAUCAGUGGAGGACAGGGAUAAGCAUAAAAAGGUGCGUGGCUUCCCGAGUCCUGAAUCGCCGCUGCUCUUUUUGUAGUUAGCAUUAGCAGCACCGUGGCCCAGGCCAGCUACUUCCUGGAGACAAGGCACUUUUAAGGCUUCGCUUUUCGCUUGUUUUUGAUAUAGCUAAGGUAUAAUGGCUUGUGGGGCUACUUUGAAACGUACUCUGGAUUUCGAUCCGUUAAUGAGCCAGGCUUCCCCGAAAAGGAGGAGAUGUGCGCCGGUCAUGUCGCCGGUAUCUUCCCCACAGAAAUAUCUGCGUAUGGAACCGUCGCCUUUCGGAGAGGUCUCGUCUAGACUGACCACAGAACAAAUACUACACAACAUAAAACAGGAGUACAAACGCCUUCAGAAACGUCGACACCUGGACAGCGCCUUCCAGCAGACAGACAGCUGCUGUCCUCUGGACCUGCAGAACAGCCAGGCUGGGUCUCCUUUACCAGGUACUUCUUCAGAUGCCUCAUCUCCCACCAGGAAGGAGCAGCCACUAUUUUCCCUCAGACAGGUCGGGAUGAUCUGCGAGAGACUACUGAAGGAGAAGGAGGACAAAAUCCGAGAGGAAUACGACGAGAUUCUGACGACAAAACUUGCUGAGCAAUACGAUGCGUUCGUCAAGUUCACACAUGACCAGCUGAUGCGAAGGUUUGGAGAGCAGCCUGCGAGUUAUGUCUCCUGAGUCCUGCUUUCUAAUCUCUGGAUAUUCCCUUUGCUGCCAACUACUCCAGGGACUUGGUGGAUCUCAUUGGACUUUUGCUGUGCCAUAUUGCCUCUCUGUGGACUCACUGUCUCAGGCAUCAGUUAUUGGCAUCAACAUUUGCUGUUGCUCAGAGGGUUUAGGAGAGUUUCGUGCUGCCAACAUGUCUCAGAGACUGCCUGUGGCCUCUUGACUGCCGUGUUGCAUUUGGCUUUCCUCUGAUGCCUUCAUAAAAGGCUGUCAUUACACACUUGGCCUUUUUUGAUUUAACUUUUUUAUUAUUUCUUUUGAGUUAUUUCACCAAGGAUGUGAGUUGUGCAGCUUUUCUAUGUCUACUUUUUUUUUUAAAGAGAUUGUAGACCGAAUAGUGGACUGACUGGGUUUGAGUUUCAGCAGUUGUCUUGGCUUUCUUCAACAUUGUAUAAAGUGUUCCGGUUAUUACUACUUUUAGAUUUGUACAUUUGUAUACACUGUAUUUCAUUUGUUUCUUUAAAAUUUUUGGCUUGACUUUGUUUACUGUAUUCCAAUGUUCUGACUUAUGUUUGCUGUAGGUUUAAAGGGGCUUUGAUUCAAAUGUAAUGAAUAAAAACUUGGCACAAACAUA